AUGAAUUGCAUCAAAGAAAAUGAAAUAUGUGAAAAAAUUUUCAAUAAGAACAGUUGCAUACUUAAUAAUAAUGAAAAAGAAAAUGUAGAAAGAAAUAGUUUUGAAAAUAAUUACAAUAAUUGCUACCCAAGUGAAAAAAAAAAAAAUAAUAAUUUUUUAGAUAAUGAAAUUUUAAAAAGCUUAAAUGAUAACUUUGAUAAUCCUACCAGUUUUAGCAAUAAUAAUGAGGAAAAUAAUUUAAAUCAAAUUGAAGAAAAAAUUGCUAAUUAUAAUAAUAAUAGUAAUAGUAAUAGUAAUAGUAAUAGCAAUAGUAAUAGCAAUAGUAAUAGUAAUAGUAAUAAUAAUAAAAGUUCAGAAAGUAAUAUACUAAAUUAUAACGAUAAACAAUAUCGUAAUAAUAUAGAAAAGGAAUGCAAUCCUUUGACACUCCCCAUUGAAACUUUACAUACUACUAUAGAUGAUAUACCAUAUAACGAAUAUACAAAUAAUAUAAAUUAUAAAUUAAAAAAUACUUUUGCUCAUUUUGCAGAUAGUUUAGAUACUCACAUCAUGCAUCAGAAUACAAGGGAAGAUGAUUGUAAUUCUUCAAACGAGAUUGUUGGUAAUAUUCAAAAAGAAGAUGUAAGCCAUAAAGAAAAAACAGUUUCUAAUAGUGAAGAGGGCGACAAAGAAAGCGAAGAAUUAUUUGAUGUUAAAGUAGAGGAUGAUAAAAAUAUGAAAAAGGAAGAUGUAAAUAAUAACGAAAAAACUGUUUCUAAUAGUGAUGACAAUUUAAAUAGUAAUUAUCAAAAUGAGGAAUUAAAUAAUUGUGAUAAUAUAACGAAAGAAGAAACACAUUAUGAACAUAAUUAUAAUAUUGAUCAAAAUGAAAUAAUUGAUGGAAACCUCAAUGUGGAUAAACACAAUAACGAUGAUCAUUCUCCAAAUCAUCAAGUAGAAGAUAAAAUUGAUCAUAAUAUUUAUAAUUCCCAGGAAAAUAAUAAACUAAUAAAAAUGGAUAUUCUUAAUGUGAAUUCAUCAGAGGAAAAUGCAAGUACUCAAGUGGAGACAAACAAUUGUGAUGAUUGUAAUAAAUCUGAACAAAAUGGAGAAAAAAAUGAUGAAAAAAAUGAAGAAAAAAAUGAUGAAAAAAAUGGAGAAAAACAUGGAGAAAAAAAUGAAGAAAAAAAUGAUGAAAAAAAUGAUGAAAAAAAUGAUGAAAAAAAUGAAGAAAAAAAUGAAGAAAAACAUGAAGAAAAACAUGAAGAAAAACAUGAAGAAAAAAAUGAAGAAAAACAUGAAGAAAAAAAUGAUGAAAAAAAUGAUAAUCAAGACAAUAUUGACGAUUUGGGUAGCCAAGUAAAGGAUCUUCAAAAUGUUGUAGAAAACAUGAAGAAGGAAAAAAUUCACCUUUUAUCAAAAUUUAAAGUGUAUACAUUAAAUAAUAAAAAAGAAAUCGAAGAACUAAAAGUAAUAUGCAAAAAUAAUGAAAAAGAGAUUAAAAAAUAUAUUGAAGAAAUAAAAAGCAAAAGUUUAGAAAUAGAAAAUUUGAAAGAAACAUAUUCAAAUAAUGUGAAUGUUUUUAAAAAUAGUAUAAAAAACGAAAAAGAACUAAACUCUGAAUUAAGAGAAAAAUUUGAAUUAUUAAAUAAAACUAAAGAAUGUAUCGAAAUGGAAAUUGAGGAAAUUAGAAAAAAUAAUGAAAAUAUAAAAAUGGAAUUAAAGGAAAAGGAAAAAAUUAUAAAUAUGUUAGAAAAUGAAAAAAAAGAAGAAAUGGAAAAAGCUAAACGUUUUGAAAACAUUGACAUAAAUGAUCAAGACGAAUUAAUGGCAUUAAAAAUGGAUACAGAGAUAUUAGUGUGUUUUAAAAAAAAUAAUGAAUAUUUUAUUAUACCAAAAUAUUUAUUUGAAGAAAAGUUUAAAAACAUAAAAAUACCUGACCCUGUUCAGGAAGAUUUUGAAAAAAAGCUAAAGGAAUAUAAAGAUGAACAAAUUUUAAAUAUAAAAAAAUUGGAAGAAGAAAAAAAAUAUAUAGAAAAUGAAUAUAAUGAAUAUAAAGUUAAAGUAAAUUCACUAAUAAAUGACACAAGUGAAAAUUAUAAAAAUUUAGGUGAAACAAAUAUCAAAAUACAAGAUUUAAAAAAUAAUAUAUUAAAAUAUGAACAAGACAUAAAAAAUUAUAAAACAGAAUUAAAUAAUCUUAAUGAAAAAUAUAAACUAAUACAUCAACAACUUUGUAAGGAAAAAGAAUUAUCAGAAGAACAAAAUGAAAUUAUAUCUUCGUUAAAAAAACAAAGUAAAAAAGAAAAAGUAGAAAUAGAAAAAAAAUAUAAAGAAUUAUUCGAUAUGGAAAAUCAAAAAAAAAUUGCAGAAAUAAAAGAAAUGUAUAGUAAUAAAGAAAAAUUAUUGCAAGACAAAAUUGAAGAUUUAAUUUAUCAAAUAGAAAAAUUAACUUUUCCUAAAGACGAUAAAACUAUUCCUCUACGUUCAAAUUUAACUAAAUUGGAAAAUCCCCUUAAUGAUAUUUCUAGUACCGAUGAUAGUAUUGAAAAGGGCAAUAUAUAUAAUCAGGAAAAAAAAAAUCGUGCAAAUUCUGUCCUGACUGUUAAUAAAAAUUCAGUAAGUGAAAUGAACGAGCAAGGUAAUUUUGGUACAGAAAGCGUUGGCACAUUUCAUAGUGAUUGCAUAAACCGAUCUGGAGAAAAUUUAGAAACUGGAACUGAAAAAAACAAUAAGGAUAAGAUAAAACAAGAAGAAGACACCAAAAUACCAAUAUAUCCUAAUGAAUAUAAAAAAAUAAGGAAAAAAUUAGAAACAUAUGAAAUUUUAAUAGAUGAAGAAAAAAAAGAAAAAAAAAAAUUAUUAGAACAAAUAAAUACAUUAACAAGUCAGGUAAAAAAUUAUGAAUCAAUACAUGGAAAUUAUGAACAUGUCAUGUAUCAAAAAAAUAUUCUUUCGAAUUUUAUAUCCCAAAUACCAUCAAAUAUAAAAAUUGAUGAUUACGUUACAAUUAUUUAUAACUCUUUCAAUUUUUCAAACAAAGAGAUUGAUUUUAUUAAUUCCAAGAGGUCACAAAAGUAA